AUGGGUAUUAAACAGCUGUAUCAGGUGAUUUCAGAAAAUGCCCCAGAUGCCAUCAAGGCAGGGGACAUUAAGAACCACUUUGGCCGAAAGGUCGCUAUAGAUGCCUCUAUGAGUAUUUACAGUUUCCUCAUUGCGGUCCGUUCCGAAGGUCAGCAGCUCAUGAGCGACACCGGAGAGACAACGUCGCAUUUGAUGGGCAUGUUCUACCGCACUCUGCGCAUGGUCGACAAUGGCAUCAAGCCUCUGUACGUAUUUGAUGGAGCUCCCCCGAAGCUCAAGUCCGGCGAACUAGCCAAGCGAUUUGCUCGGAAGAGCGAAGCCACCGAGGCUCACGAGGAGGCUAAGGAAACCGGUACGGCAGAGGAUGUUGAGAAAUUCUCGCGACGCACAGUACGAGUCACCAGAGAGCACAAUGCAGAAUGUAAGAAGCUUUUGAAGUUGAUGGGCAUUCCGUACAUCGAUGCCCCCACGGAAGCCGAGGCGCAGUGCGCGGUUCUCGCGCGCGCUGGAAAGGUCUAUGCAGCUGCUUCGGAGGAUAUGGAUACGCUAUGCUUUGAGACGCCAAUUCUUCUGCGCCACCUUACGUUCAGUGAACAGAGGAAGGAACCCAUUCAGGAGAUUCAUUUGAACCGUGCGCUGGAGGGGCUUGGUAUGGACCGCAAGCAGUUCAUUGAUCUCUGUAUCUUGCUGGGUUGCGAUUACCUUGAGCCCAUCCCCAAGGUCGGACCCAACACGGCGCUGAAACUAAUCCGUGACCACGGAAGCCUGGAGAAGGUGCUUGAGUUUAUGGAGAACGACCCGAAGAAGAAGUUUGUCGUUCCUGAGGAUUGGCCCUACGAGGAUGCUAGAGAGCUCUUCUUGAAUCCCGACGUGAGGGACGCCAAUGACCCCGAAUGCGACUUCAAAUGGGAAGCGCCCGACGUGCCCGGUCUGGUAGAGUUCCUAGUCAAAGAUAAGGGAUUCAACGAAGACCGCGUCAAGAACGGCGCUGCUCGCUUGCAAAAGAACUUGAAGUCCGCUCAACAAUCCCGCUUAGAAGGAUUCUUCAAGCCCGUCGCCCGCACGGAUGAAGAGAAGGCGAGCCUGAAGCGCAAACACGACGAGAAGAUUCAGGAGCAGAAAAAGAAGAAGAAGGAAGAGGCCAAAGCCAAGAAAGAGGCCAAGUCACGGCCUCGCGGUGCCGGUUAA